GGCAAUGGGGGGGUGUCCAGGCUGGGGUUCCAUCCCCUCGAUGAUACUGGUGCUGGCAGCCUGGCAGCGUCCCUACCUGAACAUCUUCAAGCACUUCCGUGUGGAGGAGUGGAAGCGCUCUGCCAAGGAGGGGGACGUGACCGCCCUCACGGACACAAGGAUGAAGGGAACAAUCUACCGGAUCCGAGGUUCCAACCCAGCCAGCAGCUACCUGCAGCUGCCACGGGCAGGGACACAGUCCCUGGGGCUGACAGGGCGCUACCUCUACCUGCUCUUCAGGCCCUUGCCCCACAAGCACUUCCUUGUGCACCUGGAUGUUGCCACUGAGGAAAACCAGGUGGUUCGAAUCUCCUUCUCCAACCUCUUCAGGGAAUUCAAAUCCACUGCCACCUGGCUGCAGUUCCCCUUCGUCUGCGGGGCAGCCAGCGAGGGCAUGGCCCAGCGGGGUGUCCCCGGAGCAGCCCCGGCUGACGUGCGCUGGACGUGCCUGGUGCUGGACCUGCCCUCCAUCCUGGCCCUGUACCUGAGCCGCAGGCACAGCCACCUCAGGGGGGUCAAACUCUGCUGCAACCUGCUCGUGAAGAACCUCUGCACCAGCGACCUGCUCUUCGAGCCAGGUGUGACGUUCACCAGGGCCCGCCUGGGUGACCUGUCCUGCCGUGGGGUGGCUCCCAUGCCCCGGGAACUGGCCUUUCCUGUGCCCAAGGGGGAGAAGUGGCACGACCUCUAUGACUACAUCAGGUUCCCAUCUGACGGGGCUAAGCUGCUGCACUACUCCAUCCAGAAGAACUUUCCACAUCCUGUGGCAGGUGACCAAGUGCUAGAGGAGCCCAGCUGCCCACUGACCCAGCCGGUGACACUCUCCAGAGCAGUCUGUGACCUGUCCCUCAUCCAGCAGACAAGCAGUCCCAAAGCUGUGCCACAUCGAUGUCCUGCGAUCACGAAGAGCAUCCCUGAGGUUCACCUGGCAGUCCCAGGGCCUCUGGGAGCUGUUCCUGCUGGAGACCCUGUGCUGGAGGAGAAGCAGAGGCUGCACAGUGCAGGGGACACGGGGCAGCCACUGCCACUCGGUGAUGGUGGCAUCCAUGUCUAUGCUCAUCGGAGGAGGGGACAGACAACCCGAGCUGUCCCUGGCUUGGAGGAGGGGCUUGUACCAGAUCCCAUCCUGAAGCUGAGAACAAUUAUUGGCUUUGGAGGCUGCAGCACCAAAUGGGCUCUGUGGACACAGGACAGCACGGCCGUGGUGUACCCCUGCCAUGCUGUCAUCGUCACCCUGCUCCUCAAGACUGGCGAGCAGAGGUUCUUCCUUGGCCACACGGACAAGGUGGCGGCGCUGGCGCUGGGCGGGAGCGGCACCGUGCUGGCCUCGGCGCAGGCCGGGCCCCGCAGCCUGGGCCGCCUCUGGGACUUCCCCACGGGAGCCUGCCUCUGCCUCUUCAAAACCUACCUGCAGUCCCUGCUGUGCCUCAGCUUUUCCCACAGUGGAGCUGUUCUGUGUGGUGUCGGGAGGGAUGUGCACAGCAAAAUGAUGGUGGUGGUGUGGAACACUGCUCAGGUGACCCGUGGUGGAGGCGUGACUGUGCUGGCCAAAGCACACACAGAUGUGGAUAUCCAGGCCAUGAAGAUUGCUUUCUUUGAUGACACCAGGCUGGUGUCGUGUGGCCGGGACAACAUCAGGCUGUGGCGCGUGCGGAGCGGAGCCCUGCGCUCGUGUCCCGUCAGCCUGGGCGAGUACCACUCCUUGGAGUUCACCGACCUGGCCUUCGAGGCGGGGCCCGCGCCGGAGCCGGAGGACCGUGCGCUCUUUGUGUGCAGCAGGAGUGGCCACGUGCUGGAGGUGGACUACAAGAACAUCUGUGUGAGGAGUGCACGGCGCCUGCUGCCUGCACAGCCCCAGGGGGACGGGCAGGAGCAGGCAGGGAGCAGCUCAGGCCCUGGGAUUGCUAUAAACAGUAUCAGUAUGUCCUUGACCUUCUGUGCCACGGGAUCAGAGGAUGGCUACAUGAGGCUGUGGCUACUGGACUUCUCAGCUGCUGUCCUAGAGGCAGAGCAUGAGGCUUCCGUGAGUUCUGUCUGCAUCAGCCCAGACAGCCACAAAGUCCUGUCCACGACAGCUGCUGGGGCUCUGGGCUACCUGGAUGUGCAGGCCCGGGACUACAGCACGCUGAUGCGCUCCCAUGAGGGCUCCGUGCUGGGCUUCUCGGUGGAGGGCAAGUGGAAGCAGAUAGCAACAGUGUCCCAGGACAGCACCAUCCGAGUGUGGGACCUCGCCUCCAGGCAGCAGCUGUAUGACUUUUCAGCUGCAGAGGAAACUCCUUGUACUGUGGCCUUCCACCCCUUCUGGAAGAUGCUGGCCUGUGGCUUUGACAGCGGGGUAGUGAGGACCUUCAGCCUGGCUGCCUCUGACCUCCUGCUGGAGCACAAGCAGCACCGCACCGCGGUCAGCGGGCUGACCUUCUCUCCAGAUGGCAAUUUCAUGUUCAGCUCCUGCUUGCAGGGAACUCUGGCUCUGUACAAACUUGCUGCACGGAAAAUCCAGGUUCUGAGAGUCGUGGGCAAUGUGGUGGCCCGGGAUGCUGGGAGUGGCGUGGACACUCUGGUGGUCAGUGGGGACAGUCGCCUGCUGGCCUUCGUGGGGCCCUCCAAGUACGUGGUGACAGUGAUGGAGGCCUGCUCACUCGAUGAGCUGCUGAGGGUGGACGUCAGCAUCCUGGACCUGCACAGCACCAUCUUGGACUCUGCAGUGAAGGUCUGCUUUGGUCCUGUGCCUCAGGGCGAGCUCCUGGUGUCCACUUCUUCCAAUAAAAUCCUUGUGCUUGAUGCAAAAACCGGACGGCUGGUGCGAGAGGUGUCCCCUGUGCACAAGCUGAGCUGUUCCUCCUUGGCACUGAGCAAGGAUGGCCAGUACCUGCUCACUGCUGGUGACAAGGUCAUCAAAGUGUGGGACUAUCGGAUGCGCUUCAACGUCAACUUCCAGGUGUUCAUUGGCCACUCGGAGCCCGUGCACAAGGUCGCCUUCACCCCAAACCAAGAGCACGUCAUCAGCGUUGGGGAUGCCAUCUUCCUCUGGGAUUUCCUAGCUCCACCUCCAGUCAAGUCAUCCCCAGCCAGGGCUUGUUCCCCCGCGUCCACCCUGGUGCUGAGGUCAGACAGCAGCUCUGAGAUGCCCAAGGAUGUCUCUGAGACUCCUCGGCAGACAGUGCCUCUUCCACUGCUGUCCUCCCCACCGUGCCUGGAUAUCAGCUCUGUCCACCCAGCAGGAUUUCAAAGUAUUUCUUCUGAGUCGGACAGGGAGGAGGAAGCAGAUCUACCAGACAGCAGCUGGAAGGUGGCAAAUGAGCACAAAGAUGCCUCAGUCAUUGUGGUGGAAUCAGAGGGAAAUGAGGAGCCUGUUGUGAGGCCCAAAGUGAGGCAGGAGAGCUCGAGGUCUCCUGAAAAGCCAGCAAACGAACCCAGGAAGGCGACCAAAACUCCCAAAUCCCAGUGUUCCAUCCGCCCAGAUUCCUACCGGCAUUUCACUCCUCGCUUCAAGGCAUCAGUGCUCCCCCAGAGUUUCUCAUCUCCUCCAGCGGGCAGUGAGGUGCUGAAGCUGAAAGCAGUGAUCGGCUACAAUGGGAAUGGCAGAGGGAAUAUGGUGUGGAACCCGGAUACAGGCUUCUUCGCCUACUCCUGUGGCUGCGUCAUCGUGGUUGAAGACCUGCACUCAGGGUCCCAGAACCACUGGCUGGGCCACGCCGAGGAGAUCUCCACACUCACCCUCAGCCACCAUGCCCAGGUUCUUGCCUCUGCCUCAGGGCAGAAGGAUGGAGACUCUCACUGUCAGAUCUGCAUCUGGAGCACCCAGGAUGGGGCCUGCACAGCAGAGCUGUUCCACCACGAGACACAAGUGCAAGCCAUGGCAUUCUCCUGUGAUGACAGGUUCCUUGUCACCAUAGGGGACUACAAUGACCAGGCCAUGGCUCUGUGGAGCACCCACACCUAUGAGCUCAUGCUGUCCACUCGUGUCUCAGAGCCUCUCCAUGAUGUGGCUUUUAGCCCUUUCGCUCACCAAGACCUCGCCUGUGUGGGGAGGGGAGCUGUGACAUUCUGGGUGUUGGAGCAGCAGGGAGCUGCUGUCAAAUUCAAGGUUCAGCGUGCCCCUGCCCCGGAUGUGCUGGGGCUGGUGGAGCUGACAUCUCUCUGUUAUGGUGCUGACGCUCUCCUUUACAGUGGGACCAACUCGGGCCAGAUCUGUGUGUGGGACACAGAGACCAAUUCCUGCUUCAUGACGUGGGAGGCUGAUGAGGGCGAGAUCGGUGUGCUGCUGUGUCGGCACCAGCAGCUGCUCAGCGGCAGCAACACGAAGCGCAUCCGCCUGUGGUCUGUGGCCACCGUGCAGGAGCUGAGGCUGAAAGGGCCCAAUGCCAGGUCUGGCUCAGUCCUGCUGGAGCACGAAAUCACCCUGGAUGGGACCAUUGUGAGCGCAGCCUUUGACGACUCCCUGGAAAUGGGAAUUGUGGGCACCACGGCAGGGACCCUGUGGUACAUCAACUGGGUGGAGAGCACCAGCAUCCGACUCAUCAGUGGCCACAAGAACAAGGUGACCGAGGUGUGCUUUAGUCCCGACGAGAGUCACUGCGCCACGUGCGGGGAGGACGGCAGCGUGCGCAUCUGGGCUCUGGGCAGCACCGAGCUGGUGCUGCAGUUCCAGGUGCUCAACCAGAGCUGCCAGUGCCUGGCCUGGAAGCCUCGUCCCGUCGGGGUGUGGCCUUUUCCCGGUGAGAGCGAGCACGUGGUGGCAGGGUACAGCGAUGGCACUGUCCGUGUGUUCAGUGUUUCCAGGACAGAGAUGGAGCUGAAAAUGCACCCCCACGCUGCUGCACUGACAGCAGUCACCUACUCCACUGAUGGGGAAAUGAUCUUAUCAGGGGGCAAGGAUGGGAUAGUGGCUGUCAGCAGCCCUCGCACUGGAAUGACCAUCCAUGUCCUGGCUGACCACAAAGGCUCCCCCAUCACCGUUCUCCAGUGCACCAGGAAGCAGUACCACGACCUCGGGGUGGAAGGAGGGGAGCUCUGGCUGGCCACCAGCUCCGACCGCCGGGUCAGCGUCUGGGCCUCCGACUGGCUCCAGGACAAGUGUGAGCUCCUCGACUGGCUCAGCUUCCCAGCCCCUGCUGGCCCUGAGGGUCUUGACAGCCUCCCUCCCAGCCUGGCUGCGUUCUGCCCUUGGGAACACGGUGUCCUGGUCUACGUGGGCUUUGGGCUGCAGAAGGAGGCUUUGUUCUACAGCCUGAGGAAGAAACAGGUGUUCAGGAAGAUCUCCCUGCCAGCCUUUGCCACAUCCCUCAGCCUGUCCCCUGCUGCACCUUUCAUGGCCCUCGGCUCCAGUGGUGAGUGCUGCGUGUGCCUGGGCCCCUCCUUCUUCUGCCAGAGGGGAAACAAGUGUCCUUAUUCCUCCAAACAAGAGAUAUGUCCUCAAACCUGGGAGCUAUGGUCCAGGGCAAGGAGAAACCUCCAGGAGACUCCUGGAUCACAAAGGAGAUGCAUGAGAUCAAUCCUGCUUGUCCACGGGCUGGCACUGGAAUGA